GGUCACACCGUUAGUCUGGCUUUGUCAGACUACCGCUGUAUUGUUUUCUCUGUUUCAAUUUUCAAUGUAAUUAGAUUUGGGAAUUUCAAAUUGAGAUAGGUGUAGAAUUUUAUUAAAUCCAAAGUGGCAAAGAGUAAAGUGAUACUUACAGGGGAAGAGAUUACUUUCAAACCCUACUAUCAGGCGACGAGCAUAACUGUUAACGCUUAAAAUUGUUAUUGAGUCAAAUAAUUAUUAUUUCAUUUUUAAAAUAGCGCAUCUAUUAAAAUGCCGCCUCUACAUUGAUGAAAUACAAUAAAAGUGACUUCUGUGAUUCCACAAAAUGAGCAACUGGGCAAGGAGAAUGCAUCGCCGAGCAGCUACAUUGAGUAAUGUAGUCACGUCUUGUGGCCACCCGAAUUCACUGCCCUAUCCAAGAAGACUAGAAAAAGUCAAAUUCGGCGUUCCACUUCUCGAAGUCUGCAAGGAUGACAUCCCGGGUCCCUUGCUCGUUCUGAUAUUGAAAUUGAACAAGGAGGCACCGCUGCGCCGCGAUGUGUUCCGCGCGCCGGGUCAUCAGGGAGCCAUGAAAAAAUUAAUUCAUUUUCUUCAAACUGGCCGACUAGUCAAUGUGGACAAUUAUUCUGUAUAUACCAUUGCCAGUGUCUUGAAAAAGUUUCUCAGGAAGAUACCAGGAGGCGUUUUCAGCCGCGAUGGUGAAAUGCAGCUCUUUGCAGCAGUUGAGCUGCCGGAGGAAAGGCAGGUCGAUGAAAUUCGCAGAUUGCUAAUGUCACUGCCCGUUUGCACGCAGCGAUUAUUGGUACUGUUGUUUGGUACGUUCCGGGUGAUGGCUUCCAACGCUGACAAAGCGGGUACAGGCAUGACAUCGGAAGCUCUAGGCGUGUCGGUGGCGCCUUCGUUUUUCCACUCUUGCGUGUCGGACGGUAAAACGGCCACAAUGGAGGAUGUGCAGCGUUUCAAGGUGGCGACCCGUAUAAUGCGUCAGCUGAUCGAGCAGUUCAGCGCCGGCGAUCUGUUCGGGAGGGAGAAUUACGAGUACUACGCUCGUGUGACGGGCCGCAUUCUCCGCGUCAAGGACGAAUGGAUAUGCUCGUUCAGGGAUCCUCCGCCGCCGAGACAUCGGAGAGACCAAGAGGCUUAUGCUAGACAAUUAUCGCUUGAAGCAGAAAAGACAUGGCUUCAAUGCGAGUGCGACCGUUGGGGGAACAAGUUCAAUCUCGAAGGUUUAACGAAAUCCGAAGAGUGUCAGUCGAUGCCCGCGCUGAUGGGCGCUGUGGGCGGCGCCAACGCCGGCUCCGUGCUCGGCAUCAUACCGGAGCACAGCUUGCUCGACUCGUGCACCAGGCUGUCGAUAUCGCUCGAGGAAAGCAUUUUUAAGAUAUCAGUCAGUUCGUCAUCGCAAUCGUCAUGCAGUAACUCCAGUCCUCACAUGACUCUGGAGGAGCUUCGGGCCAUCAACAAGUACGCGGAGAGCACAAAGAGCCUCUCAUAUCUCCCUCAGGUGCACGAGCGGCAGCGGGCGCGGAUGCAAACCCGCUCGGAGUGGUUCCUGCAGGGCGCCGGCUCGCUGGAGACGCCGAGGCCGCGCGUCGUUGCAGGCGGCGAACGUCGCAGUACGCGGCGUCGGUCGCGGCGGUCGCGCGUGUGCUCGUGCCGCACGCUCGCGCACUCUGACACUGAGAUCCCGCUCCCUCUCCAGCCUCGUAAAGUGACCGCCUGACCCCACUGCUCGAACCACCCCGCAUCAAGGUAAACACCGAUGCGUGUCGUCCCACGAUGCAUUUGUAUGUCAUUCCAUUUUUUUUUGUAUAUUGUGCAUCCAAUAUGUGCAUGGGUAUUUUUUGAUAGGAUGUCAAUAAUAUCGAUUAUUUAAUUCGGAUUUAUUGUACGCUAGUUUGCGGUCGAUAUAUCACGUUGAAAUAAUUGUCGUCUUGAUUAAUUAUUAACCUUGUUUUUGAUACCCGUUUUAUAAAUUUGUAACGCGAAUUAAAUAAUAAACGCACACUCAAAUUAACUUUCAAUUAACCAGCGUUUGUGUGGGCGUUGUUAAGUUCACAAUGUUAUCAGGAUUGUCAUUAGGAUGACUUGAAGAUGUGCGGAUAGUUAGUUCACUUUGGUUUAUUUAAAUUUUUUAAAACAGAAAUGCAACGCUCAAUUUAUUCGCAAUCUGCCAUACUGGACAUUUUCAAUGUUGUCUAUUAUGAUUAAAUUUAUUGAAACAAAUAAAUAAAAUAUUUCCAGUUUUCGAAAUUUGAAAAUUUUGAGGUGUAUAGAAAUUGUUGAUUUCUAAGCGAAUCUUACCGAUAUUUAGUUUGAUUUUAAAUGCUAUUAAAGAAAACUUUAUAAAAAAAAGGAACAAAAGAAUAAGACCUUUUUGUACUGUGGACUGAUUUAUAAUACGGAUAGUAAAUUAUAUUGCAAUAAUUUCAUAAAUUCGGUUUGUUGUAAAAAAUAUAUAUAUUUGUUUAUCACGUCCGUAGCAUAUAGGCAUACGUCGAAGCAUUUAAUAUUAUGCGAACAUUCCUGUGUAUUAGAAUGUAUAUACUGUUUAAGCUUUUAUUGGGAACAUGUCUUUUUCUACCUCAAAAAUUAUCUGAAUAUUCUUCAAUUUUGUUAAUUUUUAUAUUUAUCACGUAAAUUAAUAAGUUUUCUUUAUGAAAAUUCUACAAGUGACGAGCCAGAUUUAAAGACUGACGCUUUCUUGUAUCAAGUUUUAAACGAAUAUUUUGUAGCAAUAAUUUAAAUAAAUAGUUAAAUUUUAUUAAAAAUUACGUCUAUUAAAGGAAAAGGUACAAAAUAUUAAAUUCUGUUGAAUUAUUAAGAUAUUAGUCCCGACGUAUUAUAUAUUACACAUAUCGACGCUUGAAAGGCAAACGCGACUAAGCGACAAUGCGUUAACUUUACAGUAGACUAAUUUAAAGUUGAAAUACCUGAAAACAAAAUUUAUUUUAACGAAUUUAGCUGUAGUAGAAUCUAGCUAGUAGCUGUAGGAUUGAAAUUAUAUUUUAAUAGACCUUUUUUUUUUUUUUUUAACGCUGGGGAAUCCAUUUACGGAUACCCGGUUGAGAGGGGUAAUAGACCGGGUUAUGUCGGACUCCGGCGCCUCCAGAGAAGAAGAGGGAGAAGAGGAAGACCAAGUCCUCCUCUUCUUCCAAUUCCUACCGGGAGACUACGCCUUGAGAAAGGCGCGCGAGGCGCUGCCCGGCGUCUACCACGCAGGACUCGCCCCGCAAAACCGACUACCGACUAAACCCCAUCGAGCUCCACCACUCCGACUCCACGAAACCUACGGUACCGCACAAUGCGCGCUGCAGGCUCGCCGUCGCCGGUACCCGUCCUGACAAUAGGACGGGAUCCAAUCCCCGGGAAGAUCCCGCAGGACGUCGUCUCGGGAGACACCGUGAGUGGCGCAUAGGAGCCACCUUGCGCCGCCUCACCACGGAACCGACAGCAGAGCACCGGGCGCCCCCGCACCCAGUACCCAAUAGUCUCUACGGGAGAUUAACGGGAGCAUCGUGCCCGCGUCGCCCACCCCGCCUUCUUCGCUGAGGAGCCGAAGAGGGAUUCCACUCCCUUUCGCGCUCCUCAGCCUCGCGGAACACCAUGACCAGGUCGCAAAAUCUGGCCAUGGCCUCCCACGAACUCUCGUCCUCUAGCAUGCGGGCAAUGACAGCCCGCAAGGAGAGGUCCCUCCCCAGCACCGCGAUGAGAUCUCGAUAUUUUAAUAGACCUAGAAAUAUAUUUUUUUUGCGCAUCGAAUAUGGUUAUUGCCUAUCAUUUAUGUACAAAGCAGUUAUUGUCGCUUAGUCAUGUUUGCCUUUCAAGCGUCGAUAUAUAUAUAUAUAUAUACAUAUAUUUUUUCGAUCUUAAAACAUAAAAAUAGGUGCUAGUUAUAGUUGAAACGUCUUAUGAAAUGUAAUUGAAUAUCAUGACUGUGUGACUAUAUGUAUGUAGUUGUCGAAAAGAAAUUGGCUAAAUCGGAAUUUAUAUUCCAGUCUGGCCACACAAAUGUCAGUCACGGCAAAUAGAGCUUCAGUCCAUUAUAUCUAAUAUAAGUUUUUAUUUUUGACAUUACGAAAUUCCCUUAAUAGACUAGAAGUUAUUAUUUUUAUACCUAGUUUUAAUUGUUAUUAAAUUGGACUCACCAAAUUUACUUCUUAUAUUUUUGUAUUACGUACGAUUUUUUUUCUUAUUGUAGGCGAAUAUAAUGCACUUUCAAUCGCACACAUUAAUUAACCUAGUUUUUAAUAUAUUUGUAUUAAAUUUAAGACUGUUAUUAGAUUUAUUGUUUUACAUUUAAAAAAAAAACUUAAGUUUAUGUUUGUCCAAACACUGAAGUUUCUUGUAGUAUCUAUUUAUAGUUAAAAUAUUAAUCACACAAUGUCUGAAUUAUAUUUUGUAUUGUAUUCCGAAAAAUAUAUUAAAAAAAUAAUAAUUUCUUACUGGCACAAGUUAGGCGUGAGGUAUUAUUACUCAUUAUAACAAUAAACUGGCAUAAUUAGAUUUCGUCUCAACUUUGAGACGAUCUAGCUUUGAAUGGUAACAAAUACGUUCAUCUCUAUAUAUUUUGUCAUUCAAUCAAUUCAAGAUUAAGAAGGUAAUAAUAAUAUAAAAUUGUAUGAACUGAAUGUUAAUAUUGGACUGUACUAGUUUGAAGAUGUGAUUAUUAAAUUAUUGUUUGAUUAUUUUUAAAAAGAUAGGCAGGCAGCUUAGUUAAUUUAUAUUAAAAGGCAGCUAAGUAGAGCUAGUAACUAUAUUAUUCAAUUUUGUUAUAAAAUGGCCAAAUGGUAAACUUACCUUUAUUUUGGUGUUGCUGUAAUAGAAAAUGUUAGUUGUUAGAAUUUGUAGCUUGAUACAAUGUUUUUAACGUUCAUUUUGCAUUAAUCUUAACAAUUUUCGAAUUGUUGAAGUAUUUCUAAAGUAUUCUGGUCAUUGUGUAUUCGAAAGAAAACUCUUAGUUAGCAGUACUUUAUUUCCAAAGUACGUUAAUCAGAAAUUUUUAAUAUUCAUGUCAACAAUUCAAUCUAUGUAUGCAAUUUUGGAUGAGUUAAGAAUUUUUUGUGGCUAUAUGUUCGUUUUUUUUAUUGCUUAGAUGGGUGGACGAGCUCACAGCCCACCUGGUGUUAAGUGGUUACUGGAGCCCAUGGCGGUGGUACCUGCCCGUGCGGACUCACAAGAGGUCCUACCACCAGUAAAAAUCGUGCAUCCGCGUUUAUAAGUUCUAAUUGAAAUUUUGUGAUGAUUAUAUAUUCUCCAUGUAUAUAUAAUAUUCGCGGUAGACGUUGCGAAGCGUGCCUCGUUUGAAAAUUAGGAUAUAGGAGCGAUGCGGAUCUUGGGCGCUGAUCUUCACGCGGCUAGAAAUCUAUACUAAUAUUAUAAAGCGGAAGAGUUUGUUUGUUUGAACGCGCUAAUCUCAGGAACUACUGGUCCGAUUUGAAAAAUUCUUUCAGUGUUAGAUAGCCCAUUUAUUGAGGAAGGCUAUUAUAGGCUAUAUAACAUCACGCUAAGAUAAGAGCAUCAAUAAAUAAUGUUUCAAAAUCGGGGUUUAAACAGCUCCUUAGCAUACUAUAAUUCAAGAAUAUUUUCUAUCUGCAUAAAUGAAGUGGGGGGUAUAUUUUGCGUUAUGCCAAAGUAACUAUUCCACGCGGACGGAGUCGCGGGCAAAAGCUUGUAAGUUAUACAGUUGUUCUUGACGGAGGCUGCGAGUAGCGACCUAUUUCGAUAGUACGCGUCGCGGUCGUCAAAGUGAGCAGUCCUCAACUAUUUGGUACACUCCGUAUCGAUAUCAUUGCGAGUUUAUUAUUCAUUAACAUCUUUGUUUUUUUUUUAGUACAAAAAUGUAAGAUGUUUUUGUUGUAAUAAGUGUAUGGAUCGAUCGCAUCCAUCUAAACGUCAAGAUCCGUGUGGGCGCUUACUACGUUAUAUUCGUAAAGGCGUGUCGCGUUUCAUAAUCCAACAAUAAUAGUUUGUAGAACUAUAUAAAUAAACAAUAUAGAAUUCGUUAUUCUUUAUAUUCGAAAUAUAUUCAUUAAUUUGAAAACACUCUAUAGUCAAGUAGAAUUUGUAACAAAUAUAACUUUUAUGUCAUCACAAAGUCAACUGAUUCGGUGAUAGAUGCUGAGAAUCACAUGAAAUAUUGAAUUAGUAGUACAUUUUACAUAUUCAUGUACCAAUAUGUCGUUUUUAUGUAUUUACGGAUACGUUAUUAUAAUUAUUGUAAGUUUUUUUUUUAUUAUUUCUAAUACAUUUUUAUCACAAGACUGUUUUGUAUUUAGUUAACUCUCGAAUAUGUAUGUAUGUUUAUCAUUCCACCGAUUUUCGUGUUUAUCGUAACUUUCUAUUGCAUUGAGUAUUUCUUUUAUGUAUAAUGAAGAUGUUGAGGCUUUAAUAUUGUACCAACCUGACGUAUAUUAAAUAAAUAAGAUACAAAAUACAGUUAAAAUUAUUAUCUAUUACAUUCAAAUAUAAAAUGCAACUUUUAUAAGAUACUGCAUUCAAAAAGGGAAUUGCUUCAUUAAUUACUUUUCCUUUCUUAAAUAAAAUGACUUGAGAAUUCUGAGGCACCACAUAUUCUCCCAUUUUGUUACUGCCAGGGAUUCCUUUUUAUUUAUUUAUUCUUUUUGCAUUUAUAAAAAAGUCUAGAUCCAUCGUCAGGUUGUAACGUAUUUAUGUUGUGUUCAUAUCUUUAAUUUAAUUAUUUUUAUAACAUGAAAAUAUAUUAGUAUGUAAUUAGCCAAUUUGUAACAUGUUUUUUUUUUUUAUUAUUAAAAAUAUAAUAUGAAAUAAGUAUUAUUGUAACAUUUCGCUUGUGUAAUUUCGGUUUGUAUUUUACAUUAUAAUCGCACUUUUUUUUUUAAAACAAAGUAUAAAUAAUACACAAGAAUAAACAUUAAAAGAAAAUGAA